UCAACAUUUCCCCUUAAUACCAAAAGUGCCCUUAACCAAAUAUUUCCAAUCGCACCUCUCCGCUGUUUGCAGCUCCUCUCGAACGAAGGCGAUGCCGCUCUCGAACGACGCCGACGCCGAACGCCGACACCAUGCUAAGAAAUGGCGAAGAAGGACAACUCUCGUCACGGCCUCGUCGACACCAUGCUAAGCGACUCCAAAUGGCGAACCCUAAUCCCCCUCUGCUGCUCCCUCUCCAUGGCCGCCAACCACUCCCGUUCCUCCCCUUUCCUCCGCCACCACUUCGCUGACUCCGCCGUCUUCGCCUUUCCCGCCUCCUGGUCCUCCGACGACUGGAUCCUCCCCGACGCCCGCUCCCACUUCGGCGAAACCGACGUCGAUGCCGCCCUCUUCCCCUCCAUCAAGAGCGUCGGGAUGACGCCGCCGCCGCCGUCAACGGAGCCUUUCUCCGCUUCUUCAAAAAUCUGCUCGAGAUUUCUCCGCUUUCAACCGAGGUGCAACGAGAAAUCUGAUGGAUGGAUUGUAAUAGCUCUAGAAGAGAAACGAGAAAUCUAAUUAUAGAUCUGAUUAAAAUAUCUUUUGCAAUAAUUUUAACAUAUAUGUUAUUUAAAAAAAAUAGAGAUAGCAUUUUUUUAAUAAUUUUUAAUGCAUUAACUACUAAGGGUAAAACUAGAAAUUUAUUUGAUUCACAUUACUAAUACUGAUUGAAAUAAACAUUAUCAAUUAUAAUCAUAUUCAUUCCUGAAUUUGAACCAAACACUGAUAAUGGAAUUCUGAUUCCCAUUCCUAUUGACCCUAUAAUCAAACUCAUUAUCAUUUCGAUUGAUAAAUUUGAACCAAACGCUCCCUUAAUAGUGGAAUGGGGUGUAGGGAUGACAAUAAAUCGGAUUUGUAUCAGAUUUCAUAUCAUCCAUCCUCAUAUCCAUUGGAGAUUGGAUAUUCAUUCCCAUAUCUAUACCUA